AUGAAUUACCGAUCAUUAAUUUCUUAUACUGCCCUGGCAGUCUUCAUCGCAUCCAUUUUGCUAUGGAUUCGCAACUACCACUCGCCCCCUGCGCUUUCAAUAUCAAACCCCGCAAAACAGCAAGUUUAUUGGUUUGCCUUUGGUGAUUCCUAUUCCGCCACCGGUUUCGAUGUCGGCUCUACGCAACCCUCGGCAUUAAACCCGAUGGGAAAUACUGCUCCCAAUCCAGGCACGCAAAGUGGCGGCAAUAACUGGAUCGGAUUCUUGACUACACAGUACAACAAUAGCGUAGUUCUAUCAUACAGCCUAGCCAUCGCCGGUGCAACAAUUGAUAAUUCACUAGCUACCUGGGGAUUUGGUGAUAUGACUUCCCAAGUAGCCGAAUUUCAAUUAAAUUAUGCUUCGAGGCCAGCAUCCGCGCCUUGGACUCCGGACAAUACCAUUGUUUCGUUCUGGGUUGGAAUCAACGAAUAUCGACCGCUCGUCGAGCAACUCUAUUCUGACGGGGUGCGAAAGUUCCUUUUCAUAAAUUGUCCGCCAUCAACUCGCAGUCCGCAGGUGCAUGAAGAAAAUGAUCUACCAGAACAGUUCCAGCGUCAUGCUAUGAUGGUGUCGGCGUACAAUGACGGUUUGGAAGAGAUGGUGCAUCAUUUCAGCGAAGAUCAUAGCGAUGCAACCGUCGUGCUGUACGACUCGUACACUUUUAUGACGCGCGUUCUUGAUAAUCCUACUAAAUAUGGUUAUCAAGAUGCUACGUGUAUGAAUACCGAUGGGUCUAGUUGUAUCUGGUGGAAUAACUUGCAUCCUGGCUGGAAGUACCAUACGGCCCAGGCUGAAGACAUGCUGGCCAGUCUUGCGCCUCUCGGGUGGUGA